CUGAAUGUGUCCAUCGGCAGGCAGGUCUCGAGGGAGAGAGAGCAGAAGAGGGUGGUGGGGGGGGGGGGGGGGAAGAAGGAAGGGGGGGGGGAAAAGGGGGGGGGGGGGGGGGGGGGAGAAAGAGAAAGAGGGCAGGGUAAAGAGGAGGAGAGGGGGGCUGUCACAGAGAGCGCAAAGACCAACGGAGACAGAGCGACCCGCGGCCAGUCCACUCAUGGUGCCUUCAUCCUGCGUCCGCACGCAGCUCACAAACAUCUGGAGGAGGACAAAAAAAAGCCACGACUUUCUUUUUUUUUGUGUGUGUUUGUUCUGCUCUCCCCCACCACUUCUUUUUUUCCCCAGCGCGACCGGGGAGAAAGUGACGCGUCCCCGAAAUUAAUCGCAGAGGGGGUAAUGGACCUCCACCGCCCCUUCAAGAUGGACAGCCCCUCCUACCUGCCGGCCCCCCUGGCCUCCCCCGCCCUGAUGGUGCUGGCCUCUACGGCCGAGGCCGGCCGGGACGCGUCCGUCCCCUGCCAGGCGCCGCGGCCCUUCGGAGUCCCCGCCUCGGUGGAGAAGGAGCUCCACCUGCCCUUCCCCUCGGCCUCCUACACCUUCACCUCCAUGUACCAGCGGCAGGGACCCAUGUCGGGCGCUUUUCCGUCCCGAGACUUCCCGGCCUCCCUCCUCCACCUGCACCCCCAGUUCACGCCGCCCAACCUGGACUGCUCCACUCUGGGCAUGCUCAGUCACGGCGGGGUGGGCGCCUUCCGCCCGUUCUCCUCCCCGCAGGAGGACAGGGAGUCCGGGGGCUACCACUCGGCGUUCACCCCGGCCAAGAGGCUGAAGAGCUGCUUCCCCGAGGCCGAGGGGAAGGAGUUUGACUUCGGCUCCCUGAAAGCCGGGGAGGAGAGCGGGAGGAAGCUGUUCUCCAUGUCCGGCCUGCUGUCUGAUGGGGAGGCUUCAUCCAGCCCCGAGGAGCGCAAAGAGCACAGACAGGAAAAGAAGGAGCUGGCAGCCGGCGUGCUGGUGCGAGAGGUGUGUCUAUCUGACAGCGUUCGCCCCUCUCGCGCAUCCUUUUCUGGAGCGCCGCUCCUUAAUGGCUGCCGCCCUGCCCUGCACAAAGCGCAUGAGGGACAGGUGUGUGUGAGGGGGGAGCAGACCCCCCAGGCUGAAGAGGAGCUGAGGCUGACUAACACUGACAGGGUUUAUGUAGGCCGGGGAGGAGGGCAGCGGAGGGGCGGGGACGUGUAA